CUGUCACCUGUGACAUGGCAGACCCCAGCCUCACGUCGCCCUCCAGGACCCCGCUGCGCUCCCCCAACGCCUCCUUCACCCUCUCCUUCCCCUUCCUGAGGGAGAGGAGCCGGGUAUGGGAGGAAGGGAAAGAGCAACCGCUGCCUCGAGAUCUGCCCAGCCCGUUGCCAACCAAACGCAACCGCACCUACUCAGCUACGGUACGAGCUACCUCAGGUCCGGUGUUUAAGGGCGUGUGUAAGAACUUCUCCAGGUCACAAGGUCACGGCUUCCUCCGACCCUCCCACGGUGGCGAAGACAUCUUUGUUCACAUCUCAGACAUCGAGGGGGAGUACGUCCCAGUAGAGGGCGACGAGGUCACGUACAAAGUGAGCCGGGUCCCGCCCAAGAACCUGAAGGUGCAGGCGGUGGAGGUGAAGAUCACACAUCUCAACCCAGGGACGAAACACGAGACCUGGUCCGGCCAGAUCAUCAGCUCGUAGACCUGACCUCCGGGCCUGGUGGGUCGUGCUGGGCAGCAGGGCUGGGUGGGGGGGACGUCGGACCUGUCGUGUGGGACUGAUAACUUAUAUUAUGAGCUCAAAUCCUUUCUUUAAAAACACGUUUUACCUACACAGCAAAGUGUCGUUGGUGUCUAGUACACUGAUGAAUUUGUUGUGUAUUUAAAACUUACCAUUUAUUCAAUGUUAGGAAAAAUACACAUUUGUUUUAAUUAUUUAUAUUUUUGUGAUGACAGCAGUAAUAAAAGUCAGAUUUGAGAUGGGAGGCUAAAGUGACCAGCGGAGGAUCAAACUUCUAAAUCAGAAAGAGCUUGUGGGCGUCAUUUUUCACGGAGAUGAGCUGUAAAGUAUGAAACACUGGGAAAACUGUAGACAUAACAGUGGCUGCAGACUGAGGCAUGACAGCUGAGCGUACGUGCAAGGAAGAGAGCGAUUGCAACGUAGGACAAAAGGCUCAAUUCAGUUUCACUUCCCUUCUUUGCAGCUGUUGUGCACUUGUUUACUUCUCCAAAGUUUCCAGGAUCACAUGUUGGGUGCAAAUUUGGGUCAGAUGACUUGUUAUCACAACAUACGCAGUGCAGACUUUGGACAGAUGGGAAGAAACCUUGAAUUCAAGAACAGAGAUAGUGCAUGUUAAAGCAAGUAGUAGAAUUAAAGUUGAAGAGAUUUGAAAGUUGAAAUGGCAGGUUGACCAUCUCUAGAGCAGUAAAUUACAGCUGGUUUUGCAUUGAAACUCAAAUGAAAUCUAACUAUAAAGCAAAGAAUCUCUGUAUGUCCUUCGCAUAUCUUGAGAAGCGCUAAUCUGAUCGACUUCAAAAUUGACGGGUGUAUUGCUGGGGACCCAGAGGAGGUCCUUUGGUGCAAUUUGGAUACGCGACAAGUUAAAUAGUAAUAAACUUUGAAGAAAUAAGCGACCAGUGCUGUGUUAAGCAGCGGGGGGCUUCAGGGCUCUGCAGGCUCAAUACAGUUCACUGCUGGAUAUACUAACGUUACAACCGGACCCAGAAUCAGGUGUAUUUCACCGUGUGACCGUGAGUAAGCCACUGGUGAGUAAAACUGUAUUUCCCCAGUGUCAGACUAACUUAUAACACUAAUAACGUUACCGCCAGCAAAAUACUUCCAGUGGUCAAAUCAAGCACCUAUUUGGAAAUUACCUCCGUUAUAGGUGUAUUUCACCAAUGUCUCUGACCGCGAUUAGCUGCGAAGUGGAUGUUACAGUCCAAGCAUUCGGCCCAUUCUGAGCAGGCAUGUUUUGACACUUCACUAGUCUAUAUACAAUGAUCAAAAUCCCUAAAUAUAAAUAGUUCUAUAUUUGCACCCUUAACAGGACGUCUCAUGACCUCUUUUGGGUUUCAGGUCACCAGUUUAGAAAACAUGACAUUAGAGGACAAAAAAGAGGAUGUUUUAUUUUGAAAUGGAGAUAGGGAUGUGCGGAAGUGAGAAUAAGUUUAAAGUUAGGAAUUAGACAGAGAAAGCAUGAAGUAAGACCAGUACUAAAGCAGGCAGAUCACAUUAAACCAAGCAUGGAUAUUUCAAAAAUAUGAAAAAAAUGACACAUUUUACUGUGAAUGGAAAGGGAUUCCCUGAAAAAUGCAUAUCCUUGGUUGUAUUGUCUUGUUUGUGGUUAUUUAUUUUAAUUAUUUAUUCAGAUUUGUGUGUCCUCAGAUUGCAGGCUCUACUGUAUAUUUUGGGUAAAACAGUCAAAACUUGCACUUAAGAAAUGAUGAAAACUGCCAGAAAAAACUGCUCCAGACAUCAAUGUCAGGUUUUUCCUCAAUUCGUUGUUCCGUUUGAAAAUUUGUGUUUUGAAAGCGUCUGGAGCCAUGAAUUGCUGAUAAAACUAUUUGUAAAUCUCUUUUUCUAUUAUAAAAAAACAACAACAUGUAUCUGUUUGUGGUUUAUUAAGCGUAGUCAGUGUGAUGGUGAACUACAUGACUUCAUAGUUGGUGCCAAAAGAGAUCACAUCAACGUUGUUUGUAGUUAUUCAGGUUUUGCUCAGUUAUGUACUGUACUGUAUGUCAUUUUCUAAUAUAUGUGUUCCAUAGAGUCUCUAUGCAUCUUGUCUACCUGUCAGUGUCACUGCCUGAAUUACAUUUGGUUUAUUUCUGUCACAUCGAAGGGCACUUUCUUUUGUGGGCGACUGAACCUUGAAAGAACAUUAAAGCAUUUUAUGAUUCACA